AGCGAUUUUUCUCUCCUAAGGCUCGAAGUUUAAUAUAAUACGUCGAGAAAUAAUUGGAAACCGUUAUUUGAAGUAAAUUUCAGAUAGACUUGUACUAAAAUAUUUUCGAUCUUCUAUCAUGUACAUUAUAGAAAUCUCGAGCUUAUAAUCGAAUUGUUAAUUAGGAGUUAGGAAAACUAAUGGAACAUCGAGCUAAAACUGGUUGCUACUACUGUAUGCCCAUAAAACCAUACAUUCAUCUCUGAUAAAACAGAUUGGGGGACAUUUCAUAAAACAGCGACUGUUGGGAAUAAAUUAAAAUGAUUCGCAUCAUCGAUUAACCAAUGAUGGUGCAAUAGCUUGUAAAAUCACUGUAGCUGGCAAUGAUUGAAUCUAAUUUUAGUUUCUAUCGACGUGGUAUUUACACUUUUCAUUCAGACGACGUGUGGUUCUUGUGCCGUAGCAUUAGUUUUCUUUAUUGAAUUGUACAUUCACUACCUGUUUUGUCUGAUGCAAUGACAGUGCAAUCGAUAGUGUAGGUAUAUUUGUAAUUGUUUCUUGAAUGAACUACACUGAAGUGCAGCUCUGUGAGUUCUUGGUCUGCCCGAAUUCCAGUUGCAUCAGGUCCCCGGUAUCUAGAAAUAAGUUACGGAUUUCUACACUCAAGCAAGUCAAACGAGUUGCUCGGAGUUACAUGUUAUUUUACUCGAGUUGUGUAAAUUAACUCUUGUCAAGUCCCGUUAUCAUUUUCCUUCCAAACAAAGUUGCUGUGUACUGCCGUGGUGCCAUUUUACCUGUUUUCAUUGCUUUCUUUCGGAACAGAAGGGCUUGGGAAAUCAGCUGAUAAGCUGUGAUCCAUCUAUCUUUUAAAGAAAAAUUGAUUUUGUGUUCCGUUAUCCCAGACGGAAUUUACUGCAAAAUCACAAUAUAUUAUGCAGGCCUAAACCGCUGAGGGUUAUCCUUGUAGUCGCUUGGAACCAAAACUUCCGCUUAGCGUGUUCUGAACAAUCAAUGUCAUUUAUGCACCCUUGUACGUACGCAUGACAGAUCGCACUUGUUAUUUGAACCCGUUUGAUUGACAGUUCCUUCCGCUCUCGGAAAUUUCGAUAUAUAUUCCGCUUGAAAGUGAGGCUAAGGAAAUUUGUGAGUGAGUGUUAUACAGAAUUGCUCGCGUCCACAUCCCCAGAUACGCUAUACCUUCUUGUCAUUUGGAGCAUCAACCUGACCAUUGACAGAGACAGAUUCGCUGCAUUACGCUAACCAAGUUUUCAAGAAUGUUGAGGAAUCUGAGAAGUCCAGCUGCAGGCGACGACGUCGAACUGGUCGACGAUGGGGAUUCAGUGGGCAUAAAAUACCGACUUCGACGUCAUUGUAGCAAAUGUCGCCUGUUUGUUCUUGCUCUUGUACUUCUCUCCCUGGCUGGUGUUAUAUUUGCCGUUGUUUUUAUUGUUACUAAGAAGUCCAGCUCUGAAGGACAGUCGCCGAUUUCAACCACUUCGACGAGAACUUCUCCACACCGCCACCCCAACACCACGACGAAACCACCCACAGCGCGACCCACAGAGCGACCCACAGAGCGACCCACGGCACCAUCCACACCAUCUGAAGUCAUUUCCAAUCAGUUGGACAAGAAUGUGGAUCCAUGUGACGACUUUUAUUCCUACGCAUGCGGAGGGUUUUUCAAAGCCCAUCAUCUCAGUGCGGAACAAAGUAGCGAAACUGGCUUCACUAUCGUGAACGACGACAACAUGGAGGUUUUGCGACAAGCUAUGGAGACUGCUGCUUCUAACUAUUCACAGAGUUCAUCUAUCGUGAAAACUGCCAAGAUCUAUGAAACAUGCGUAGAUACCGCUGCAGUUGAGCGUCGAGGGAUUUCACCUUUGGAAAGCUUGAUAAAGAAGUAUGGCGGCUGGACAGUGACUGGGGGUGGAACGAACUCAUGGACAGUGGCAGAGAAAAUGGGCGCCGUUCUAAGAGACUUGAAUGUACAGACCUUACUUUCAGUAUCCGUUGCUACAGACCCACAGAACUCAAACCAACACAUUCUUCGUGUCAGUUUUUCCUCGUUGGGACUGGGUAUAGGUUACUAUUUUGAUUACUCAAGUGAGGGACAAAAGAUCCGGGAGGCGUACAAAACAUACAUGAAAACCAUAGCACGUCUUCUUGGAGGAGGGGCGGCUUCCAAUCGGAAGAUGAUGGACAUAUAUGAUUUUGAAAACAAAAUUGCUCAGUCAGUAAGUCCAGAAAGAAUCUCAGGAGAUAUAAUUGAAUCACUUAUGGAUGACCACCGAUCAGGUCGAUCUUUCGACUCCUUGGACAAAACAUUAGAUGACUUUUGUACGGACUCAACCUUCAGCUUAAGAUUUAUGGAGAAUUUCCUGAACGUUGCGUUUUCCCACCAGAAAAUAACUUUCAAUAGAUAUGACUCAGUGUAUUAUCCAUCGUCACGGGCGUACCUCAAUUUGUUCCAGACUAUUGCCAACGAAUACCAAAGGACAUCCGAAGAUACUGUCAAGAACUACAUAAUGUGGCGCGUUGUGGACAAGUACGUUAUGUCAAUGCCUUCUCAGUUUGUCCAGGCUAAGCGACAAUUCCAGAAGGCCAUCAUUGGAGUGCGAGAAUAUAAAAGGUGGUCUUACUGUCUGGAGAGCAUGAUGAAACCGAUGGGAAUGACUUUAGGGAGAUUGUAUGUGGAUGCGAAUUUUGACGAAUCUACAAAAACAACGGUAAAAGACAUGACUUCUCGUCUUCGCAAAGCUUUCAUUGAUAACCUUAAGUCUGCAGACUGGAUGGAUUACGAGACAAAGCAAUCCGCCAAGGAAAAGGCCCGUGUAAUCAAAGAGGAUGUGGGUUACCCUCCUUAUAUCAAAGACGACAGCAAACUUGACACCCAUUACUCAACGUUAAACGCAAGCAGUGAUUAUUUUGAAAACAACGUGGCAAUGAACAGAAUGAUUGUGCAAAAAAGUUUUGACGUGCUUCGCGAGCCGGUCAACAAAGAUUUAUGGGCCGAAAGUCCUGCAGAGGUCAAUGGAUAUUACAGUCCACAACAAAACCGAAUAGUGUCUGGGGGAGAACGUCGUGAUUCAGUUGUCAAUAACGACACGGGAGAGUUUGAAAUUAAAACAUUCGGCGAGCUCAGUCUUCCGGGAGUUGCUUUAUAUUAG